UCUCAGAGCUCUUGAGCUAACCAACAAUGGCGUACUCAGCUACAAGGCGUAGCUUAAUCUCCAUCAUCAACCGAACUCUCUCCUCUUCUCCUUCUUCAACCUCAUUCUCAACUCGCCAUCGUUUAGCUUUAGCACUACUAAAUCAACAACCCCAACUCGUCGUCCCUGACUCAGUAAAAUUCUCAGUCCGGUUCAAGACUUCCGGGUCGGGUUACUCGCCGCUAAACGAUCCGGCUCCGAACUGGAGCAACCGUCCACCUAAAGAGACUAUUCUCCUCGAUGGGUGUGACUAUGAGCAUUGGCUUAUUGUAAUGGAGUUCGCUAAUGAGCCUAAACCAUCUGAGGAGGAAAUGGUCAAUUCUUAUGUCAAAACCCUAGCCACUGUUCUUGGGAGUGAGGAAGAGGCUAAGAAGAAGAUAUACUCUGUUUCUACAACUACUUAUACUGGUUUUGGUGCUUUGAUUUCAGAGGAGCUUUCCAUCAAAGUUAAAGAACUGCCUGGUGUUCUUUGGGUUUUACCGGAUUCAUAUCUUGACGUUCCAAACAAAGAUUAUGGAGGAGAUUUAUUCAUUGAUGGGAAAGUCAUACCUAGACCACAGUUCAGGUUCACUGACAGACAACAACAACCAUCUCGGAACAGGCCUCGAGCUCGGAUGGAUAGGCGUAGUAGAGAGCCAAUGCAGAGCCAAAGGAGAGAACCGAACCAAAACUAGCUACACUGAAUGAUCAUAGGCCCAAUGUUGAACUAUGAUCCUUAAAAAUCUUGGAUUGUAAGUAUUAUGUGAGGUGGUAAACUUAUUAUGCUUGUUUUGAUUUGUUUGUUAUCAUCUGCAUUUAUACAAAGUUUAUAGACCUUGUUUUUAUGUAUUGGUGUAACCAUUUUGAGAGUGAGCAUAAAAGUUUGGGGUAUUUUUAUUUUCACA